UUAAUUUUAAACCAAUCAUUGUUUCGCCAUUCUUCAAGAGUGGGACUUCCGAUUCGAUAAGGACGAAAAAAAGUUGCUCGCAACUCGACAUUCAAUUACAUGCUAAUUCAACUCUCGACGAGCCGGAGCAACAUGGAGGGCCAGGAGACAGCCGUUAUCCCCUCACUCGGAUCCCAGCCAAACGGCGCCCUUGCCAUUGGUGCGAGGACAGAUUUUAGGGCAAAAGAAGAGCAGCAGAAGGCCCGCCGCAUAAAGGAAGCCCAGAAGGCUUAUGGAAGGGGUCGCACGAUCGAUGUCAAGCGCGUCCGGGACAAGAAGCUCCGCAGCAAUCUCAAGUUGCUCGAGAACAAGUUCCAGGAUGCUGCUCUCAAGGCAAAGGAUGCCGAGAUCCUACACGAAAAUACGAGUGGGUUCUUGGAACCCGAGACCGAGUUGGAGAGGACAUACCGUGUGCGCCAGGACGAGGUCGAGAAAGACGUCUCCAUCGCAACGGCCCAGAAGAAGUUCGACCUCAAGCUAGAUACUCUGGGCCCUUAUAUCUGCGAGUACACGAGGAACGGCAGGGCAUUGCUGCUCGCGGGCAGGAAAGGCCAUGUUGCGACGAUGGAUUGGCGCGAGGGAAAGCUGGGCUGCGAAUUGCAGUUGAAUGAGACUGUGAGGGACGUACGAUGGCUACACAACGACCAGUACUUUGCCGUUGCUCAGAAGAAGCAUUGCUACAUCUACGAUCACAACGGCGUCGAGCUCCAUUGUCUCACGAAGCACCAGGAGGUUUCCCACAUGGAGUUCCUCCCCUACCACUUCCUGCUAGCUACUCUGGCCAUCCAGGGUACCCUAAAAUACCACGACGUAUCCACGGGCCAGAUCGUCGCGGAGAUCCCUACAAAGAUGGGUACUCCCGCAUCACUCACUCAGAACCCCUACAACGGCGUAAUGCACGUUGGUCACCAGAACGGCACGGUGACGCUAUGGUCGCCGAGCUCUACAGAACCUCUAGUGAAGUUACUAGCGCACAGGGGACCAGUCCGCUCACUGGCCGUGGACCGCGAAGGCAGAUAUAUGGUUUCGACGGGCCAGGAUAUGAGGAUGGCCGUGUGGGAUAUCCGCAUGUUCAAGGAGGUGAAUAAUUAUUUCACCAGAUCGCCGGCGUCGUCCGUAUCCAUUUCGGACACAGGCCUGACAGCUGUAUCCUGGGGCACUCGGGCAACUAUUUGGAAAGGGCUGUUCUCAAAAGACAGCCCAACUCAGGAAAAAGUCCAGAGUCCGUAUAUGGCCUGGGGAGGAGAGGGGAAGGCUAUCGAAAGGGUUCGGUGGUGCCCCUUCGAAGAUGUCUUGGGACUGGGCCACGACGAGGGCUUCUCGUCCAUCAUCAUACCCGGGGCGGGCGAGGCGAACUACGAUGCCCUGGAAGUGAACCCCUUCGAGACGACCAAGCAACGGCAGGAGGGCGAAGUGAGGGCGCUGCUCAACAAGCUCCAACCGGAGAUGAUCUCCCUGGACCCCAACUUCAUCGGAAACCUAGAUCUGCGGUCGGAACAGCAGCGUCAAGCGGACAAGGACUUGGACGCCCCUCCCGUCGACAUUGCCGAGGAAAUCAGGAAUCGCGCCAGGGGCAAGAACACCGCGCUGAAAAAGUACCUGAGAAAGCAGAGGAAGAAGAACAUUAUAGACGAGAAGAGACUCAAGGUGGAGGAGAUCUGGAAGGAGCAACAGGAAAAGAAGGGCAAGAAGCACGAGGAGAAGAAGGCCGAGCUGGGGCCCGCGUUGGCGAGAUUCGCGAGGAAAGAUUAGUCCAAUGUGUACAUAUGAUACCCCGGUUUAUCUUCGGCGACGUGACUUGUCUGGGAGCGUCUCCUGUCAGUCCCCAUGUCCCAAUGCCUCUAUUUAUCCUCUAUCCCAG